UCUUUUCAGGAAGUGGCCCACGACACAUUCUUAGAUUAGUUGCUCUUCUAGCUAAUUUCCUCUGCGUCACCUUUCCUUCCCAUUUUCUUCUAGAUAUAUUUAUUCUUCUCUACCUCCUCAUUCUCCUGUUCCUCUCUUCCUUUCCUCUUCUGAGAGUUUUCGGAGCAAUAGCUCCUUUCCUCACCUCUGCACUUAACAAUAAAGCUGUGUGUGUGUGUGUGUGUGUGUGUGUGUGUGUGUGUGUGUGUGUGCGUGUGCGCGCAGAGAGAGAAGCUGAAAAACAAGACAGAUGGUUCCUUCAUUACCAGAUUGCUUUGGGUUGAGCUGGUACUUGCAAGCAAAGAAGCCCCACAGCCCUCCAUCUUGGAUUAGCUCUAGUAGAGAGGCCUCAACAAUUAAGCAGACAGCCUCCUGAGCCUCCAGCCUCCUGAUCCUAAUUUACUACAUCCUUUCCCUUCAGGAACAGAGGGCCAUUGGGAAACAGAUCCCUAAAAGUGCAGGUGGGCCAGCCAUGAGAGGGUACCUUGUGGCCAUAUUCCUGAGUGCUAUCUUCCUCUACUAUGUGCUGCAUUGUAUCUUAUGGGGAACAAAUGUCUAUUGGGUGCCACCUGUGGAAAUGAAACGGAGAAAUAAGAUCCAGCCUUGUUUAUCAAAGCCAGCUUUUGCCUCUCUCUUGAGAUAUCAUCAGUUUCACCCUUUUCUGUGUGCAUCCGACUUUAAAAAGAUUGCUUCCUUGUAUGGUAAUGAUAAGUUUGAUUUGCCCUAUGGGACAAAAACAUCAGCGGAAUAUUUUCGAGUUGCUCUUUCAAAACUGCAGAGUUGUGAUCUGUUUGAUGAGUUUGACAACGUGCCAUGUAAAAGGUGUGUGGUGGUUGGUAAUGGAGGUGUUUUAAAGAAUAAGACAUUAGGGGAAAUAAUCGACUCCUAUGAUGUAAUAAUAAGAAUGAAUAAUGGUCCUGUUUUAGGACAUGAAGAGGAAGUUGGGAGAAGGACAACCUUCCGACUUUUUUAUCCAGAAUCUGUUUUUUCAGAUCCUGUUCACAAUGAUCCUAAUACUACGGCGAUUCUCACUACUUUUAAGCCACUUGAUUUAAAAUGGCUAUGGGAAUUGUUGACGGGUGGCAAAAUAAACAGUCACGGUUUUUGGAAGAAACCAGCCUCAGACCUGAUCUAUAAACCUUAUCAAAUCAGGAUAUUAGAUCCUUUCAUUACCAGAACAGCAGCUUACGAACUGCUUCAUUUCCCAAGAGUGUUCCCCAAAAAUCAGAAACCCAAACACCCAACGACAGGAAUUAUUGCCAUCACAUUGGCAUUUCAUAUAUGUCAUGAAGUUCACAUAGCUGGUUUUAAAUACAAUUUUUCUGACCUCAGCAGUCCUUUGCACUAUUAUGGGAAUGCCACCAUGUCUUUGAUGAAUAAGAAUGCGUAUCACAAUGUGACUGCAGAGCAGCUCUUUUUGAAGGACAUUAUAGACAAGAAUUAUGUAAUCAGUUUGACUCAAGAAUGACCCUGCAGACUUACAAGAUGAUGCUACCAGUAUUAGUUUUAUUUUUAUACUGCAAUUCUUAGUUAAUUUUUAAGUAUGCUGGAUACACUUGUCAAAGAUUAUGUAUGUUUGUUGCUACCUGGUGAUUCAUAACCACCAGUUUAAUUUCUGUGAAUAUAUUUAAUUUAUGAAAACCAAGAAAAGUUUAGUUAUCAGGGAAAUAAUUAAAGUUUUGAUUGCAUUGUGUUUUUAAAAUAAGCUAGUUUUCUGAGGUAUUUUUAAAUGUCUUUUUAUAAUUAUUUUAUGUUAGACUUUUGAAGGGAUGUAACUUCCAUCAUAAUAAGUAUGGGGAUUUACUUUAUUGCAACUAAGUCUUAGAAGAACCUGACAUUUUGAGAGAUACAGCUGGCUAUCGUAAACCUGUCUCAUGGGGAACUGGCACUUGGCUGUGCCUUGAUCAGCAAACUGGAACCACUUCCGGCCUGUGUUUAGAUAAAUGUUUAGUUCUUAUUUGUUCUACCUGGGGAACCUGAUUUGAAACUGAAAUCAGCCCUGAUUACAUUAGGAGUAUACGGCUAUGGAAAUCUAAGCUCAUACUGGUUUAAUUAAGCCUCUUUUCUGUAAUUAAUUAAACCAAAAGGUUAUCAUGAGCAAUGUGAUAGAAUGAAGAUGAUUUUUUACAAUUCUGAGUAGGACAUAGGCUAAACGUGAAAUUCUCAAUCAGUAAACAACCAAAUAGUCAAUUACUGAAAUCUGGUGGCUUUGCAUUAUUUUAAAGAAAUAAAAGUUUAACUUUAUACAUGUAAGUGGAACUAAGCUAGCUAAGCUCAAGAAGAAGAAAACCCUUAAGCAUUAUUUUUUUUGUCUGGUUUAGUUUAGCCAUUAAAUUUUAAAAGUUUAGUAACUGAAGUAAACUAGGAGAGAUGAGGAAGACAGCCAAGUAAGUAAACCCUUCAGAAGAGUCAGGCUGUUUUCUGGAUAUAAGUGGUACUUUCAUGAAACGAGUUUCAGUUUUUCUUAUGAUUAAAUCUGAUCUUCAGAUGGAAAGCUUACCUGGCCACCUUCCUUUACAGUAGAAGCCGUCUUAGGAUCUACCAGAAAGGAAUCCUACGAAAUACAAACAAGCCAAUUCUACAGAUGUGGUGAGCUAGUCUCCCUUCCCAAAAGUUAAUAAAUACAAUCAAAGGAUAUUUGGGAAGAGACGUGGGAUAAGAGAAAGGAAGAGAACAGUAGAGGGUACAAGAAGGAUGGCAUCAAAAGUUAUCAGCAGAGGUAGGAGCCAAAGAAUUAAUAUAUUCUGAAUAAUAAAUAUUAUUGGGAGACAUCGAUGAUGGUAUUGACAACCAACCUGCCUCCCUCAAGACAGCAUGUGAAGGGUGAAACAUUAGAUCAGGGUCAGAAACAGGAAUACAUGAAAUACUGGAAAGCAGUGUAAGGGGGAGAAAAGUAGUGGUUGAUUUAACCAGGCCUACACAUUCUAUGAGUCAAAAUCGACUCGACAGCAACGGGUUAGGUUUUUUUUUUUUUUUUUCACAUUCAGGGACUAUGUUUUGUUAAUACCAGCAUACCUUUGCACAGUACCAUGGUUUCACUUGAUUGUUAUAAUUACUCUGAGGUAAAAAGGCAGGCAGUAGACUAGAAUCCACACAGGUUCAGUGUGACUGGUCGUUCCCUCAUAACUCACAGCCAUGGGCUGCAGCUAGGCUGCUGAAGUCCAGUUUGAUCUGAAGUAAAUCAGGCUUCAGAAAGGAUGCUGCUGACCACAGGAAAACUUGAAGUCAAAAACUUUUAGGGGCAUUUUCAAAUGUUGCUGUAAGCAACUGUAAUAUUGGCCAUAAAAUUUCUGACUGAUGUUAACAUUGAAGACUCUGGCAUUUCUAUAGUAUGAGAAAAGGCUACAAACCUCAAGGUCGUUUUAUUUAAGCCAAAUAAUCUGAGCAAGACAUACAUACAAUUAAACACAUGAAACACAUUAAAACUCUAUUUAUACAAUCUAAAUUCUAGCAACAUAUACAAAUACUGAGUGACUACAGUACAUGCCGAGGUAAGAAAAGUACAUUCUGGGAGAGUAUCACUGAUACGCAGCCAUUUUAUUUCCAAUAUGUGUUUCAAUAAACGUUUUGUUUCCACCUUUCUCAGUGACCCCCCCAAAAAAAAGGAAAGAAAGAGAAGAACAAAGAGGAAGAGGAAGAGGGAAAUACUAGUCAUGUGUUGGACUAAAUGAGAACUGGUGCCAGAGUUGACCUAAAAAGUCUUUUAAUAACCAUCCAACUCUUAGAUUUUGCAGUUUAGGGACUUCAAGUUCAGAACUGAAAGGCAGAGCUAAUAAGGUAGAGCUUCAGUGAUUUAAGAGGGUUUGAAAAGCGUUCAAUGCCCCCACAUAAGCUGUGUUUCUUCUAACUGUAUUUAUCUGACAUGGUGUUUCUAGAACCCUCUUGCUCUCCAGGUUACAAUGGGGAGCAUUCAAGGCAAAGAUGUGCAAGCAUUAUCACUUUCCAUAGCAUUGUGACCACAUUCAUAUUAGAUGAGUUCAUAGUCUACUCCCCCCUCAAGAAAGGGGGAGAGUAAGCAUCUCCAUAAUAUCAUUUCAAUUCCCGUAUAAAUUCUCUACUCUAACCAUUUUCAUCAGUGAAUAAACCCAUUGUUAAAUGCAAAGUGCAAAUAGUGAAAUGUGAACUUAAAUAACUGGACUAGACCCUGCACAUACAAUAGGAUCAUUUUAGAUUUACAGCCUUUAAUAAAAUAUAAAUCAGAAUUCAAAAUAUCUUUGUGCUGGUUUAUAAGAUCAAGUAACAGCAAAGUCAGUGUUAUUUUAUGAAACCUAUAAUGGCCAUACUUGCUGCUGCCAUGGUCUGAUUCUAUUUCUACAACUGUGUUAACAGGGGAAAAAAGUAAUCUGAUAAACCACAGUGACUUAAAGUCUUUUAAAUGUUUCAAGCAAAGAAUAAAAAUUCAAGGGAAUUUUGUCAAAAAUGGUUACUUUCACAUUUUCAGUUGUUACUCGAUUGUCUCCAAAACUGUAUAUAUAACAGAUGUAUAAAUUUAGAUUAAAAAAAAAAAAA